AUGAUAAAUAAUGCAGGAUUUUUGUUAGAAGACAAGGUUGCGGAUCUUUAUUCUGAUAACUCGUGGGUUUGGCCGCAAGAUUGGAGAUCUCGGUUCAUUGAGUUGAAUCAGUUGGUUUCUAUCCACUUGCAACCGAACACAGAUGACAGAAUAUGCUGGAUAGAAGGGGACGAUCUUCAUGAUUUUUCUUCGUCAACAGUUUGGCAGUCUCUUCGGUCAAGGGAGCAAGAGAUCGAUUGGGUUAACAUUGUAUGGUUUAAUCAAUGCAUUCCCAGACAUGCGUUCUUAAUGUGGCUCAUUAUGCGUCGGAAGCUCCUCACGCAAGAUAUCAUCUUAAAGUGGGAUUUUUCAAGACGUAAAAAUAUGAACAUGAUGUGUUGCCUAUUGUGUUUUGAAAAUGUGGACUCUCAUGAACACCUUUUCUUUGAGUGUCGGUUUUCUACUCAAAUUUGGUGUAUGGUCCGAGACAAGGCGGCUAUGGCUAAUGUGGAUCAUAAAUGGUCUUCGAUUACAAGGUGGCUUAAGGAUCGAGGAAAGUCGAAGAGGGCGGCUGAUUAUUUUAGCAGGCUCGUGGUUGGGGCGACGGCUUAUGUCAUUUGGCAAGAACGUAAUCAUAGGUUAUUCAGAAAUCAAACGAGACCCCCGGAUGUGAUUCGAGAUACAAUUCUCAAGACUAUUCGAUACAAGCUAAUGGGCGUCAAAUUCAAACAGUGUGCUAAUGUGCGGAACCUGUUGGCAGAGUGGGAGAUUGCUGAAGACAAGAUGAUCGAUGAUGGAGGCUAA